UUCUGAUAGGUCGCGCCGCGGAGAGUCUCUCGGGUUUGCGGCGCAGCUGUCAUUUCCGGGGUAAGAUGGCUGCAGUCCGUAUGCUGAGAACCUGGAGCAGGAAUGCGGGGAAGCUGAUUUGUGUUCGCUAUUUUCAAACAUGUGGUAAUGUUCAUGUUUUGAAGCCAAAUUAUGUGUGUUUCUUUGGUUAUCCUUCAUUCAAGUAUAGUCAUCCACAUCACUUCCUGAAAACAACUGCUGCUCUCCGUGGACAAGUUGUUCAGUUCAAGCUCUCAGACAUUGGAGAAGGGAUUAGAGAAGUAACUGUUAAAGAAUGGUAUGUAAAAGAAGGAGAUACAGUGUCUCAGUUUGAUAGCAUCUGUGAAGUUCAAAGUGAUAAAGCUUCUGUUACCAUCACUAGUCGUUAUGAUGGAGUCAUUAAAAAACUCUAUUAUAAUCUAGACGAUAUUGCCUAUGUGGGGAAGCCAUUAGUAGACAUAGAAACGGAAGCUUUAAAAGAUUCAGAAGAAGAUGUUGUUGAAACUCCUGCAGUGUCCCAUGAUGAACAUACACACCAAGAGAUAAAGGGCCGAAAAACACUGGCAACUCCUGCAGUUCGCCGUCUGGCAAUGGAAAACAAUAUUAAGCUGAGUGAAGUUGUUGGCUCAGGAAAAGAUGGCAGAAUACUUAAAGAAGAUAUCCUCAACUAUUUGGAAAAGCAGACAGGAGCUAUAUUACCUCCUUCACCAAAAGCUGAAAUUAUGCCACCUCCACCAAAGCCAAAAGACAUGACUAUUCCUAUACCAGUAUCAAAACCUCCAGUAUUCACAGGCAAAGACAAAACAGAACCCAUAAAAGGCUUUCAAAAAGCAAUGGUCAAGACUAUGUCUGCAGCCCUGAAGAUACCUCAUUUUGGUUAUUGUGAUGAGGUUGACCUUACUGAACUGGUUAAGCUCCGAGAAGAAUUAAAACCCAUUGCUUUUGCUCGUGGAAUUAAACUCUCCUUUAUGCCUUUCUUCUUAAAGGCUGCUUCCUUGGGAUUACUACAGUUUCCUAUCCUUAAUGCUUCUGUGGAUGAAAACUGCCAGAAUAUAACAUAUAAGGCUUCUCAUAAUAUUGGGAUAGCAAUGGAUACUGAGCAGGGUUUGAUUGUCCCUAAUGUGAAAAAUGUUCAGAUCUGCUCUAUAUUUGACAUCGCCACUGAACUGAACCGCCUCCAGAAAUUGGGCUCUGUGGGUCAGCUCAGCACCACUGAUCUUACAGGAGGAACAUUUACUCUUUCCAACAUUGGAUCAAUUGGUGGUACCUAUACCAAACCAGUGAUAUUGCCACCUGAAGUAGCCAUUGGGGCCCUUGGAUCAAUUAAGGCCAUUCCCCGAUUUAACCAGAAAGGAGAAGUAUAUAAGGCACAGAUAGUGAAUGUGAGCUGGUCAGCUGAUCACAGAGUUAUUGAUGGUGCUACAAUGUCACGCUUCUCUAAUUUGUGGAAAUCCUACUUAGAAAACCCGGCUUUUAUGCUACUAGAUCUGAAAUGAAGACCGAUAAGACGUUCUUGAACUUUUUGAGCUUCCAAAGAGUAUGUAAACCCUAGCUGUGCCAGCACAUGUUCAUCUUUACAAUUUGUAUUGUAAAUGAUUUGUAUCGUAUGAUUAAGGAUCUAAGGUACAAUAUUUGUCACUGUUAUAUUAGACUUUUUACUGAAAAUGAAUAAUGGGGUAAUGGUUCUCCUGGGGCUGUCACAUUUUAUAGACCAGAGUGUGACUUCUUAAUAUGGUGCUGACAUUUUUGUGUCAAUGACUUGAAACUGGCAAGAUUAACAAAAUUAGGCAGGGUGCGGUGGCUCACGCCUGUAAUCCUGGCACUUUGGGAGGCCGAGGCGGGCAGAUCACCUGAGGUUAGGAGUUUGAGACCAGCCUGGCCAAGAUGGUGAAACCCCGCCUCUACUAAAAAUACAAAAAUUAGCCAGGUGUGGUGGUGGGUGCCUAUAAUCCCAGCUACUCGGGAGGCCGAAGCAGGAGAAUCGCUUGAACCUGGGAGGUGGAGGUUGCAGUGAGCUGAGAUCGUGCCAUUACACUUCAGCUUGGGCAACAGAGCAAGACUGUCUCAAAAACAAAAAAACAAAAUUAAUGUUACUAAAAGACAGGUAGCCAUAUACAGACAGUAUAUGCCCUAUUUUUUUUAACUGACUCUUAAUGAUACUUUUUAAUUAUACUUAAGAAACGGAAUUUAUAUGCAAAAAUAUUUCCCAUUUCCCUGUUAUGCUAAUUGUUGUAUAAAAUAAGUGCAAUUAUACUUCUCUUCGGAGAUAUCCAAGAGUAUAUUCUUGCUCUGUAUAGAGAACAUCAUCUGUAAAUGUCUUAUUUAUAUUAAUUAAUGUCUUUGAAAAGGGAAAAGUAUAAACUGGCCUUAAAAAUGUCCAAUUAUAGUUUUAUAACCAGUCUAUUAAAGGUGUUUGUUUAAAAUGGAUAUACUUUUAGAUUUUUGGUAAUGGUUCGGUAUUUUCUUGGGAAAGACCUUCACCUUUGCAAACUUCCCUCAUGUAAGGAAGGUACUUUAAAGGUAGCAGCCACUGACAUUUCUUUUUUUUUUUUUAAUUUCAGAAAUCUACUUCCUUUUAACUUUUAGCAAAAAGUUAACUUUUAGCUAAAAAAUAGGAUAAGAAAUUAAGGUCUAUUCCAUUCUUCAUAUCCUGGGUAAGAAUGUAAAUAAGAGGAGAAGGAAAAGUCUAAUAGUAAUUAUGGAUAUAAAAAAUAAGACAUUUUAUAUAGAAAUGAAGGUUUGAUAAUGAUCAUUUUGCUAAAGGUCUACUUUAAUCAGAAAUAGCAUCAAGAUUAAUGUAUCCAACAUUUCAAUUUGCAUUAGGAAAUCCAUGUUGUUUCUAAUAUUGUCCAGUUGAAAACUGUAUGCCAAAAUUAGUUGUUUAAGUGAAGUUUUGUGACAGAAAAAAGGUUGUUUUAGUAUCUACUUGGUUUUUCUCAAAAUGGAAAUAAUUUUAAAAUCAGGAAAGAAUAAAUCAGCCAGGUGUGAUGACUUGUAAUUGUAAUCCCAGUUAUAGGAGAGGCCAAAGCAGGAGGAUCACUUGAGGCCAGGAAUUUGAGACCAGCCUGGGCAGCAUAGUGAGAUCCCAUCUCAAAAAUUUUUUUUUUAAAAAUUAGCCUGGUGGCUCACGCCUGUAAUUCCAGCACUUUGGAAGGCCAAGGCGGGCAGAUCACCUGAGGUCAGGAGUUCAAGACCACCCUGGCCAACAUGGUGAAAUCCCGUCUCUAUGGUUUUGUAAAAAUACAAAAAAUUACCUGGGCCUUGCGACGCAUGCCUGUAGUCCCAGCUACUUGGGAGGCUGAGGCAGGAGAAUUGCUUGAGCCCGAGAGGUGGAGGUUACAGUGAGCAGAGAUCAUACCAUUGCACUCCAGCCUAGGCGACAGAGCAACACUUUGUCUCCAAAAAAAAAAAAACUUAGCCAUGUGUGGUGGUGUGCAUCUGUAGUCCCAUCUACUCAGGAAGCUGAGACAGGAGGAUCAAUUGAGCCCAGGAGUUCAAAGCUGUAGUGAGCUGUCAUUGUGUCACUAUCCUCCGGUGUGGGUGACAGAGUGAGACCUGGUCUCUAAAAAAAAAAAAAAAAAAAAAAAAAAGGUCAAAUAAAUGCUGUUAUUGUAAAAUUUCAGAUAAUACAAAGAGUUAACCAAUAAAAUAAAAAAU